AUGGAGUUUGAAUUCCAUAUGAGGGAGCUAGACAACUUGGAUAAGCGCAUAAGACCGUACCUGGAGAAAAUUGGCCAUGAAAAAUGGUCAAGGUAUCAUUCAGAAAACAACAGGUACUCUACCAUGACAUCAAACAUAGCUGAGGCACUGAACUCAGCAAAUUUAGCAGCAAGGGAAACACCAGUGACAACAUUAAUGGAGUGCUUGAGGGCACAAAUGCAAGAGUGGACAUACAAUAAUAGAAAGGAGGCACAAAAAUGCACAACAAGGCUGACACCAUCAUCUGAGAAAAAACUCAUACGGAACUAUGUACAGUCAUUGCGACUAACAGUGAAACCAGCAAACCAGAACUCCGUUUCGAGGUGA